CAGAGCUACGUGUGUGUCAUUCAGUGAGUGUUUCUGUGUGUAGGUGUGUAUGGACGCUGUAUUGGCGUUUAAAGUCCAGUUGGAUUAUCUUGAGCUCAAGGAAACACACAUUUCCUGCUCUUCGAGGAAUUACUACAUGAGUCAGGUUUCUUCAGACCUCACUACAGCAUAGUGAAAGAGACUGCCUGCUUGCCUGCCAGCGUUGUCUGAGUGCAUGGGCGUGUGUGUGCAGGGUUAUGCAAGUCUUUGGGUGAAUAUGUUUGUGUGAAUGCCAUUGCAUACGUGUAUACCCUGAUGCUCGAUGGGGAUGCAAGGAGCUCGACCGUCUGCCCUGCAGGUCCUGCUGCUCAGCUGCUGUGUGUGUGCGGCGGCCAGUUACCCAUUCAGAACACCCCUGGACCUGGAUGUGACUCCACGCGUCACUGUGUUGUCCAGCGGUCUCCAGGGCUGCAGGCGUUUCCAGUCCUUUGCAGUCAACUACAGCACCAUGUUGCUGGAGGCUGACAGUGAGCAUCUCUACGUUGGGGCUCGGGGGGCUGUAUUCGCUCUCAAUGCCUCUGACAUCUCAGCCAGCUCUGCUCUCACUAUUGAGUGGGAGGCCUCCCCCGAGCAAAAACGUCAGUGUCUGCUCAAAGGAAAAGACAAUAAGACUGAGUGUUUCAAUCACAUCCGCUUCCUUCAGAGGUUCAACUCCACUCAUCUCUACAUGUGUGGGACUCAUGCCUUCAGACCUCUGUGUGCAUACAUAGAUGAGAAGAGUUUUGUGAUAUCAUCUCAGCCUGAAGAGGGGAAAGAUAAAUGUCCUUAUGGUCCAACAACGGGCUACACUGGCCUCAUUAUAGACCAGCAGAUAUAUACAGCUUCCCAGUAUGAAUUCAGGAGCUUCCCAGAUAUCCGCCGCAACUCUUUGUCUCCCAUGCUAAAGACAGAAGAUGCUCCAACACGCUGGCUGAAUGAGGCAGAUUUUGUGGGCUCGGCACUGGUGCAGGAGAGUUUGGGCAGCAGCACAGGCGAUGAUGAUAAGAUCUACUUCUUUUUCACCGAGAGGAGCCAGGAGCAGACAACAACCUAUAGCCACAGCAGGGUGGCACGAGUGGCUCGGAUUUGUAAGGGGGACAGGGGAGGCCGCUUAACUCUCCAGAAGCGCUGGACAUCCUUCCUCAAGGCCAGGCUGACGUGUUCUCUGCCCGAGUAUGACUUCCACUUCAACAUGCUGCGCAGUGUGUACGUCAUGCAUGGCCACACGCCGCAGGACACACUCUUCUACGGCAUCUUUGGUCUAGAGUGGAGGAACGUGAAGGCGUCUGCUGUGUGUCGGUUUGCUCUGUCUGAAGUCCAAGAGGCCUUCCAAGGACCCUACAUGGAGAACCAGGACUCUGGCUCUAAGUGGACGGAAUACACUGGAAAGAUCCCCGACCCACGACCUGGAACGUGUAUAACCAAUGCUCUGAGGGCCAAGGGCAUAAACGUGUCCACCUCCCUACCAGAUGAUGUGCUGGACUUUGUCAGAAGACAUCCUCUGAUGUCCCAUCAGGUUCAGCCAUCAGACAGACGCCCCCUGUUGUUCAGGAGGACCACAGACUACACGCACAUGGCAGUCCACCUGAUCCAAGGUUUAGAUGGACAAACAUACCAUGUAUUAUACAUGGGAACAGAUGAAGGCUGGUUACAUAAGGCUGUAGAAGUCAAGGGUCAGCUGCACAUUGUUGAGGAACUUCAAGUAUUUGAAGAACUACAGCCUGUUAACAAUCUGCUGAUCUCCGUUAAACAGAUGAGUGUCUACAUCAGCUCUCCAUUAGGUGUGGUGCAGCUGCCCCUCUCAAACUGCCACAGGUACUCUUCCUGCUAUGACUGCAUCUUUGCAAGGGACCCUCACUGUGCCUGGAGCGGAGCCCAGUGUGUGGACAUCAUGGCACAUGCAGACAGAUCCACUUUAAUUCAGGACAUCCAGUAUGGCAACAGGGGCUGUGAGAACACACAAGUUGACAUUGUCCAGCGGAGCCGCUCCGUGCGAGUGGGCGAUGAUGUGCUGCUGCAGUGUGAGCUCAGUUCCAACCUGGCGACGCCGCUCUGGACUCUGGAUGGCAGCAAGCUGGAGGGUUACGGCCUGAGCUCUGGCUUCAGAACCGGCACGGAUGGCUUACUGAUUAUUGAGGCCCGGCAGGAGCAGAGCGGGCAGUAUACCUGCUAUGCUCUUGAGAACAAUAUCAAGGUUGCCAUAGUUACCUACAAUGUCACCAUCCGCCUGGACCUGCCCCCUCCCCCACCUAUUGAUCCAACUGAAAACCCUCACAGUCUGUUCACCAUCCUGCCAGCGUCCACUGACCUUCCCUCCUCUGAAAGGCCUCUGCCCCCUCAGCCAGCCCCUCAGCUCCCCCACUUAGAGCUACUCUCCCCGAGAAACAUGGAAGCCAUGUACCUGUCCCUCAUAACCAUCCUCGGAGGCCUGUGUUUGGUCCUCACCGUGGUCCUCGUCUAUGUGGGCUUCUGCCUGCGAGUGGGACACAGAGGGAAGUACUCUUUACGUGCAGCUGCUGCAGCCUACCCAACCAGUAAAAAACACAACAAAAACAGAAAGCAGCACAGAAACUCUUCUCACAUGGAGCUUAAAACUAUCUCCAGUCACUGUAAUGGCAAUGGCAUUUGUAAUGGAGUUUCAAAGCAGCAUAAUGGCAACGUCCAGGAUGGAGGCUUUCUACAAAUCGUCCCUGGUGAGGGUCACACAUCGUACAAUAAAGAGUCCCCUCCCCCAGCCCCUCCUCUUCCUCCCACUCCACAACUUCCCUCCCCACAGAGCGACUUCCCCAAUGGGCUGUCGGCCACACUACCCAGCGUCCUGAGGAGGAUGAACGGCAACAGCUAUGUGCUGCUGACACAAAGCGACUCUGAGAACACGUCACCGCUCUGCUCCCCCUUUGCUGAGGAGCUCAACAGGAUUUUAGAGAAGAGGAAACACACUCAGCUGCUGCCCAGGCCGGACGAGAGCUCUGUGUAGAGAGACGUAGCUCCCCCUGUGGUGGGAGGACUGUUGUUACCUGGUGCUGAAGUGCCUGUCAUACAUCUAAUCAUUGCUGAGGACUUAAGCAGUGAGAGAGUUUUGUCUACAUUAUUUACAUUGAGACUGUCCUGCUUUUUGAACCUUUGAGCACUUUUUUGAACCACAAUUCCCCAAAUUUACAACACAUAAUAUGUGAGAAUGAGUGAAGGAGCAAGUGUGAAAUGGAAAAAAACAAGUAAUCUACCUCACCACAAUAUUGCCCAGGAGGACAUGUGCAGUCAGUCUGUUGUUUUAUCGGAAUAUCAGGGCUGAGACCAGAGACACUUGAUCUGCAAGCACACAAUGGGAAACAGAGACUCCAACAAGGAGAGGAGCCCCAUGGGAAUAUAAUAAACAUGUGAAGACUUCUGCUGUGUGGCAGUCAUAUUUGGCUUGAGUCGAACUGCAGGACAGCUAGCCAAAGUUUGUUUGGGCUGACAAGUACACAGAUGGCCUAUGCAUUUUUAAAACGUGUCAUUCAAACUUUAUAAAUAUUAAAGGCAAUGGAUGUGGUGAAGGAGGGAAUUUGGUUUGCAGUGUUCUCAAAUUUAACACUGACCUUUAUAAUUGUAUUAACCAAGCAUCAUACACAGUAACAGCACGUAACACUUUACACCAGCCUUCACUAAGAAAUGGUGAUUGAAUCACUAUUUAAUAUUACUAAUAACCAUAACUUGUAGUUUAGUAAUCAACCAAAUUUCUUGUGUUGUUUUAUGACUUCUAUAUGACAUAAUUCUUUAAUGAAUGACAAUAUUAAUUAUUUGUUUCAUUAAACUGAUAAAGAAUGAAAUUAGCGAUCUUUGAUUGCUUUAGUUAACAAUUUGAUGAAAGGAUUUGAAAACACAAUUUAGUCUCAGCUGAGGCUCACAAUCAGAAAUAAUUAAAAACCUAAAACCAUAAAUUAUCAUUAAUUUGACCUCAAUUCCCACAAAUGGGUAAUAAAUGACAAUAUUAAAACAUACAAAACUACAUUGAAGGGAUGAAAAAAUUAAACUGAAGGGAUGUUUACAUACUUACAGAGAUGUUAAGUAGUGAUUACUGCACCAAUUUUUAAACUUUUUAAUAGACAACCUGGAGGAAACAUGACAGUAUUACUGAUUUAAUGCACUUUGAAUGCCAGUUUUGAGAAAGAGACAAAUUAUUGGACGGUAUUAUGGAGUUUGACACUGCUGCCUGUCAAGAAACACCAGGCCAGAGGAACUUUUUGAUUGGCAGUUCACCAUGAAGAGCUGCAGCGGUGAAGGCCACAGCUGUGUCUGCUGGACCUUGUUUGACACAAGUGGAUUAGAAAGAAAACAUUGACUGUGUAUCAGCUGAGCCUGACUCCACCACUGAGAGACACCCUGCAUAAGACCAUAACAUGGAAUGACCAGUCUGAGGGACACAGCAUUACACAAGAGCAUCCAAGGUCUGACGAGCCCACGUCAGUUUAAAUCUCUCUUGAUUUCACUCCCUGGGCUAUCAUCUCUCAGCCAGCGUCAAAUGGCAGGACUGGCUACAAAGAUGUUCUUUUAAUGAGCAGUGAAAUGAAAUUCAGCAUUGUUAGACAGCGGAGCCAGGAAACAAGCUGGAGAAGGGCUACGGCCCGAGAGUAUCUGCACCUACACUACAGCUCUGCUUCCUCACACCUGGAAUGAAAAUUGUUGGUUGCAGUGUCUUACUGAACAGCAUUUUUCCAUCAGACGGCUCUUUGUGUGCACAGAGCAUCCUCGUCUCUGCUUGAUGCAAACUUGUUAGACCAAACUCAACAUAUAAUGACCUUUUCGUCACACUUGCUGCAUGAAUUGUGUUUCACUUUACUCUUCAAGGAAAACGACAAAGAUUACUCAUCUGGAUAUUAACAAAAAGUGCCAAGGUUGAUGUUUUAAAAAAAAUGUUUUGUGAGCCCAUUUUAUCACAAAAAAAAAAAAAGAUUUUAAAAAAGUGACUUAUUUAUUUUGUAAUUUUUGUACAUGUGUUUUGGAAGUUAAUUGUCAACGUUGCUGUUUAAGUGCCACUUGUAAGACAAACUCCUGAUGAACAGGGGCGUCACAAUCUGCCUGUGUUACACAAAAUGUGAUAAAUAGAAGCAUGGUAGCCAAAAGCAUGCAGAGGCUGUACCAUCACCACAGAUUUUAAUAUUGAUAACCUACUAAUGGGAGGCAAAAUACACUAAUUUAUGUAUUCACUAUAACCUAUUAAUUGGGGAUCAUUCAGCUCUUCUGUCACUGCAAUGUCCACAUAUCUGUUUUGAUCUCUAUUUUGCAUGUUACACCAUGCUUGUGCACACAGCAAGUCAAAUUCUUUCACUAAUUUAACACAAGAAAUAACAGGGCUUUGGGUUCCUUCACAUUUCAGUCAUAAUGAGUUCAAAUAAAAACUUUGUACUUCAA